AUGUUCUUGCCCCUAUUAUAUACCUCAAUUCAGCAGCUUAGACCAACUGCCAGGCGAUUCCUUGUCCUCCCAAUCACUCACUAUGGGGCCAUGGAGUCCUCUCGGUCCAUCCCCGAACUGAAAUCAUUGUUCAUUAGGGCGCAGAUUCGUAUUUUGUCGGAAAGCCUUGAAGCACCGGAGGAUUGGCGAAGUUAUGCCACCGAGCCAGUAGAAGAGGACCUGAGCGACAAAGUGGUUGGUGAUGUACUGCAGAAAUUGAAUGCAGCAUUAAAACAACACAAUCGCGUUAUUUACUCCUCUCAGGCGAUCCAGCAUGUGGCACAACAAAUCGCGAGUCUAUACUGGGCCUCGGUCAAUCAAGCUACCCGUGAGGUAACCUCGCUUGAAAGAGGCGUCGAUAAGACUGUCGACCUGUCUAGUCACCCAAAUAUUACUCAACUUCCUAGGGAGCUCUAUGACCAAUCCGCAAGCGAAGAGGAACAACUCAGGUACAAGCGCCUCCGAGAACGUCUUGCGAACCUUGAUAAUCAGCGGCAACAGCGACAACGGCGUCUGGACCAAUUGCGACUGCUGCAACGUCUUCUGGAACCGUUCCGCGAACCCCAGACGAAUGUCCAACCCAACCUUGUCACGAAAGACGGAGAACUGGUUCAAGAAUUAGAGAAGAUGCGGAUGCUGGUUGCACGGGUCAGUGGCCGCAUCGCGCAGAGCCAGGCGGCUAACAAUGAUGAUAGAGAUGAGGUUUCAUAUGUACUGGAUACGGAGCAGAAACUUGCAGCGCUUCUUGACAUGGAUUAGCUAAUCCUAAGCCUGUAAAUAUAGUCGACCAUCUUCGAGAUGCACAUGAAUCCAUGAUAUA